CCCUGCUGAUAUGACGAUCGCUGCUGCUGGGUCACACCAUGCUCAAGAGGCAGAAUCCCAGCACUCCAGAACACAGUCGGGAUCUCGCAGCCCAUGGAGGAGCUCUGUCCAUGUCUCACAAUGACUCACGCUCUUUUCUCAACUUAUCUCAGCUGGUGCUCUCUGCUGGCCAAAUCAAACCAUCACCAGCGCUCAAACAUUCAAAAAUCACCUACUUUGAAGUAGAGAUUGUUGAUGUGGAAAGCAAGAAGCAGAUCUGCAUUGUGGACAAGGUAUCUCCAGCAUCUACCCUUCUUGAUGUGAAACACAAAUUUCACAAAGCAUGUCCCCAGUGGUACCCAUCCCGUGUUGGCCUGCAGCUAGAACGCAAUGGGCCCUUUUUGAAGGAUUCCAUCAGCAUCCAAAGCCUUGCCGUCUCUUCCAUCGUUACACUGUAUUUUACAGACCUGGGUCAGCAGGUUGGUUGGACCACAUUUUUUCUAACAGAAUACACUGGGCCUCUUCUCAUCUAUCUGCUCUUUUACAUUCGACUCUCGACUAUUUAUGGUCAAGUGGAAAGCAGGAAGAACUUCCGUCACCCAGUGGUUCACAAUGCCUGUUAUUGUUCCAUAAUCUCCUGGGUUUUGCACUUGGCAGAAUUUAUACUUAUAAAGUUACAGUUUGUACUUCCUUAUUGCCCUUUCAAAAAAAUUAUCUGUCUGUUCCAGGGCUGUGCCUUUUACUGGGGAUUCACAUCCUGGAUCGCAUACUACAUCAACCACCCACGGUACACACCACCAUCAUUUGGCCACAAACAAGUUUCUUAUGCUGCUCUUGCUUUUCUGAUGUGUGAAGCUGGAAAUCACUUUAUCAACGUAGCAUUAGCUCACCAAACCAAUUCAGGAAGUAGAAGCUGUUUUCCAAGUCCAACCUACAACCCCUUCACCUGGCUCUUCCUGCUGGUAUCCUGUCCCAACUAUACAUAUGAGGCUGGGUCUUGGAUUAGCUUCACGGUGAUGACACAAACUCUGCCAGUUGGCAUCUUUGCUUUCCUGAUGGUCAUCCAGAUGUCUCUGUGGGCCCAGAAGAAACACAAGCUGUAUCUGAAGAGAUUUUACCCAGAAGUGCGGAGAAAAGCAGCUAUGAUUCCCAUCAUCUUCUGAGAUUGUCACCACAGUUGCAGCCUGAGCGUACACUUUAAGAGCCAACUCAGAGUUAAUGAGCCAUUUCAUUCAGGAACUAAGUGGAUCAGAGGAAAAACUACUGGAUAUCUUUUUCAGUAAAUUAACAGUUCAAGAUGAAGAGGUUUUAGUUAAAUGCAAAAAUUUAGCUCUUGAAUUCUUGGUUCCUGCUAAAAGAUAUGAUUUAAUUAGAUUUUCUGUAAUGGAGCUAAUUGAAAAGGGACAAGAAAAUUGCUUAUAUUGAAUGCUAGAUGUUUCGCUGGUGUAAAUGGGCACAGAUGCUGCUAAAAUUAAUGAACACGACUUGUCUGCACACAUUCAGGUAUGGUAAUUUUAAGGUCCAGUGUUAGAUGUUGAAGAGUGUCUUGGAUUUUUGCAUCAGAUGGUUCUCAGUCUUUUUAUUAAAUUUCACAGAAAAAGCACAUUCUCCUUCAGCUCCUCUAAAGCAUCACAUCAAAGGAUGACCACUAUGCUGUGAACACUGUUUAGUCUAGCUUGACAAAAAUUUUCUUUCUUUUUUUUUUUUUUUAUCAAAUCUCAUAGCAAAUUGUUUAAUAUGAAUUGGCUUAAACUGCUCACUGCAAAGAGGACUGGCUUUCUUUUAUUUUUAGGUAGGCAGAUUAUCCCCACAAUCCCAGAAGGGGACCUUUUGUGACCGCUUCCCAUCUUGUAACUAAUUUGAGGCAUAACCUUGGGUACAUCAUUGAAGCCCACAUCCCUUUCUCACACUGAACAGUCUGGAAAGAGCAGAAAGCCUCCUGCACUAAAAAGUGUGUUAAGAUCCCCUUGUUCAGUGCCUGACUGCAUCCAGACACCAUUCAUUGUACUUAUAUGAAGAACUGUGAAAUCCUUGGGCACAAGGUGAAAUGGAGUAUGGCUCACUGUGAAACAGAAAAGAGAUGCCAAAUGCACUUCAGUCCAUAUCUGAACCACUUCAGAUGGACACUGCUGACAGGCUUCAGCUCCCCUUCAGGCUGGCCAGGCUCUACCUGCUACUUUGCUUACCAGGACAUUAUUUUUUAAGGGAUUCUCUGAGCUUGUUAUUCAAGUCCUGAAAAUACAGAGUAGCUCCCUUUGCAAAUCAGUGCAAUGUCAUGUGCCCAUGUCAUGCAGGAGCAGAAUUUUUGUUAGGCAGAGAAAAAGAACCAGAAUUGCUUCAGCAGGUAUUAGGAUAUGAAGAGCUGGGGCAUUGAGUCCAACUUUCAUUUGAUUUCUGUUGCACAUUUAUCAAUAUCUUUUGGUGCCCUUAGGCUGGUGAAAAAAAAUCUUGCCUAAAGAGUUUUAUAAUCAUUAGAGAAACACUGGAGUACACAAGCAAGGCAGGCAGUUUGUCUCCUAAAGGCACUGUUGUCUUUGUGCCAGCUCAAGUGUUCUAACAAAGUUAAUUUGCCUGGUAAAUUGGGUUCACAUCUCUCCUCUAAUGUCUAACUUGCAACACUUAUCCUAUUAGCCACUGUAACUCAAUUUCAUCUUUGUAAUGUAAAUACAUCACUUUCUGUAUUUUUUAACUUGUUACCUGUGAAAUAAAUUUUUACUCCUCUCAACACAAAACCCUAAUCAAAGUGAAUAUCCAGUUCUCUAACCCAGACUGCUAAUAAAGAUCUAUUUUUGAAAAAAUUA